UAUCCGCAAACGACCCCUUAAUCUUUUCCCCUCGAACAAGAAAAGAAGCAGUGAUAUUUAACAAACUUUUGCUCCAAACUAUGCACUGCUUUGAUUGAAUAUAAUGGCGUCAGCGGAAGUAGAGAAGAGCAGGACGGAGAUGGAGAGAGAGGAGAGUUGUUCGGCGGCAAAAGGAACGAAGCAAGGAGAAGGGCUGAGACAAUAUUAUAUGCAGCAUAUCCAUGAUCUCCAGCUUCAGGUCCGGCUCAAGACUCACAAUCUCAAUCGACUUGAAGCCCAACGCAAUGAGCUCAAUUCCAAAGUGAGAAUGCUUAAGGAAGAAUUACAAUUGCUUCAGGAGCCUGGAUCAUAUGUUGGUGAAGUUGUUAAAAUGAUGGGGAAGUCAAAAGUUUUAGUUAAAGUUCAUCCUGAAGGAAAAUAUGCUGUUGAUAUUGAUAAGAAUAUUGACAUUACAAAGAUUACUCCAUUAACCAGAGUAGCCCUCCGCAAUGACAGCUAUGUUCUCCAUCUAAUUUUGCCCAGCAAAGUGGAUCCAUUGGUCAACCUAAUGAAAGUUGAGAAAGUGCCUGAUUCCACUUAUGACAUGAUUGGUGGCCUUGACCAGCAAAUUAAAGAGAUUAAGGAGGUUAUUGAGCUUCCCAUUAAACAUCCUGAGCUGUUUGAGUCUCUUGGAAUAGCUCAACCUAAGGGAGUGCUUCUUUACGGGCCUCCAGGUACUGGAAAAACAUUGUUGGCUAGGGCAGUUGCACAUCAUACUGAUUGUACCUUCAUUCGGGUCUCUGGUUCUGAAUUGGUGCAGAAAUAUAUUGGAGAAGGUUCUCGUAUGGUGCGAGAACUCUUUGUGAUGGCCAGGGAACAUGCUCCUUCUAUCAUUUUUAUGGAUGAAAUAGACAGUAUUGGAUCUGCUAGAAUGGAAUCAGGAAGUGGCAACGGUGAUAGUGAAGUGCAGAGGACAAUGUUGGAGCUUCUUAAUCAGCUCGAUGGAUUUGAGGCAUCAAACAAAAUUAAGGUUUUGAUGGCUACAAACCGUAUAGAUAUUCUGGAUCAAGCACUCCUGAGACCAGGAAGGAUUGAUAGGAAGAUCGAAUUUCCAAAUCCCAAUGAAGAGUCCCGUUUCGACAUAUUGAAGAUUCAUUCCAGGAAGAUGAACUUGAUGCGAGGGAUUGACUUGAAGAAAAUUGCUGAGAAGAUGAAUGGCGCUUCUGGGGCAGAACUUAAGGCUGUGUGCACAGAAGCAGGAAUGUUUGCUCUAAGGGAGAGGAGGGUACACGUGACCCAAGAAGAUUUUGAGAUGGCAGUUGCCAAGGUAAUGAAGAAGGAGACGGAGAAGAAUAUGUCUUUGCGAAAGCUGUGGAAGUAAAUGACGGUAGCAUACCAAUGGCAAAAAUAUUCUACUUGUGGACGUUAGUGCAUAAACUCUGUGCUCAACUUUUCUAUUCAGUUGAUAUCGAAUGUACAAAAUUCGUGCUGACUGAUUUUUUUUCUAAUAUAUAGAAGAGGCUUUGAAGCAGCUGGGCGUUGUCUUGCCAGCUUGCCGACAAAGGCCUCUUCUUGUUAUUUCAUAUGUAACUUUAUUGUUGUGAGCUUUGAUUGGUCCAAUAAGUUGAUAACUACACUAACUUUAGUAGAAUUUGACUGCGGAGACUUUUUAGCCCUUUGAGGCAACCUUAUAAGUUUUCAGUGGGUCCACCUCUCAUUAUGAUUGCGGCUGA